AUGGCCGCAGUAGUGGGCCAAGACUUGGGGCAGAUCUAUUGCGGGAGACGGUUGGCGACAACUCUAGCUGUUCUCUGUAACAGCGAGCUGAUCAAGAGGUCGGACUCACCUCAUAGUACCGCGGCGGUGGACAUCAGCUGGCUGUGGCUCGCGCCGAACAUAGCCCACAGUAUGGGUCGUGGCAAGAGACAGGUGGCCUCCGAGUGUUGCGACAAGCCAUGCACAGAAGAUGAACUCUUAUCAUACUGU